UCAUGCCUGUUUUUGUGUUUACGCAUGCAGCAUGUAUGGAUGGGAGCCGCUCAGCAUGUGCUAGGAAUUCGCAUAAAUGCGAAAUGAUUGGUGGUGCAGGCGCUAAAUGCAGAGCUUAUACAUAAAAUUCCAUUAUCGCUAAGCAGAGCGUUAGAACGAGUUAAGAAAAGAUGUUUUCUACCAGCACUCAAAGCAAGUGUUGGAUUUUUAAAGACGAGGCUCAAAUCUCACGACUCAGGAAAGCCGCUAAUGACAGAUUCAUCAGUCGACAGCAAAUCGCCAACCGAUCCCCGGAUGACUUCCUUUCACCGGAAGAAGAAAGGACAAUCUACAAGCACUACGAGUUCACCCUUCGAGAUUUCUGCAAGAAAUUCCAACCGCCUGUUCCCAGAAGCGUAAUUGGCACAUCGUUUCACUACUUCAAGCGCUUCUACCUCAACAACUCUGUGAUGGACUACCACCCUAAGCACAUGCUGGUGACUUGUGUUUACCUGGCCUGCAAAGUGGAGGAGUUCAACGUUUCCAUUGCACAGUUUGUCAGCAAUGUCCGUGGAGACAGAGAAAAGGCCACGGACAUCAUUUUGAACAAUGAGCUUCUGCUCAUGCAGCAGCUGAAGUACCACCUCACCAUUCACAACCCAUAUCGGCCACUUGAGGGGCUUCUAAUAGAUCUCAAGACCAGGUGUUCCCAGUUUCCUGACCCAGAGAAGCUGAGGAUAUACAUGGAUGACUUCCUUGAAAGAACUCUCUUCACAGAUGCCAUGCUCCUCAUGGCACCAUCCCAGAUUGCCCUCACUGCUGUUCUGUAUGCCGCUAACAAAGCCCAGGCUAACUUUGAAACGUACAUAACGGAUUUCCUGUUUGCCGGCAGCCCACGUGAGACACUUCACCACAUCAAGGACACUGUGAAAAAGUUGUGGCUUAUGGUAAGAGCCAUCGAGGUGCCCCCAAAAGAGAAGGUGCGGGCCUGUGAACAGAAGCUUGAGAAAUGCAGAAACCAGGAGAACAACCCAGACAGCCAAGUGUACAAACGCAAAAUGCAGGAUGGGCUAGACGACGAUCACCAAUCAAGCUCAAAGUAUGCGAGAACGUCCGAGGAGCAUCGGCAAGUCGAUGAUUCAAUGGGAGGAUCAAGUACCUUGGAAGGUUCUCCAUAGCUGCCUGUAGAUACUGUACAUUUGUUUAGUAAUAUAGGGAUGUCAGUGUUGAUUUCUCACAUGUUUGAUAUGGUGUGAUGUCCUCAAAUGAAGACU